AGCUGCCAACAUCUGCACCACCCACUCACUGGCGGAGGACGACCCGCGCGCAGGAAAAGAAGAAAUAAGGAAGAAGGUCUGGAAGGAGGUGCUGUUAGACCCUUGUAGGACCAGUAAAACAGAGAAAACCAGUGAAAAAAGAUGGAGAAGACCAUCCAGGACCACCUGGUGAACGCUCUGGACGACCUGACCACAGACAAGCUGAAGAAGUUUAAGAACAAACUGGUCGAUCGGAAGCAGGAGCCGCGGGUGCGGCGGAGCGACGUGGAGAAGGUGGAGUACACCACGGAGCUCGUGGACCUCCUGAUCGACACCUACACCACCCGCACCGCGGUGCAGGUCGCGCUGGAGGUGCUGAGAACCAUCGGCUGCAACCAGGUCGCUCAGAAUCUGGAAGCAGCGACCGGCGGCGGCUGUACUGCCCUCCAGGCUCCGGUACAGAACGUACCCCCUCCAUCAGCCGCCGGUUACGACCUGCCGGACACCUCAGCCAUGCUGAUUCCCAGCAGCGAACAGUUCAAACAGGACAUCAUCUCCAAGAAAGGGCAGGAGAUUUACCCGGUUCUAGAUAAAGGCGUGAGGAAGCGAUUGGCUCUGCUGAUCAAUAACGUGGAGUUUGACUGUAAGAGGAAGAAGAGGAACGGAGCUCAGAAAGACCAGGAGAACAUGGAGAAGCUUCUGAGAGCUCUGGGCUACGACGUCGUCAAACACACCGACCUCUCCGGCAGGGAAAUGGACGAUGCGAUAAAGACCUUUGCUGGACGUAGUGAGCACGCUGAAUCAGACAGCACCUUCGUGGUCAUAAUGUCUCACGGACAGAGAGACAAAAUCUCAGGGAUCCAUCACGGACCAGACAACCCUGACGACUUCCUUCCUGUGGACAAUAUCUUCAACCACCUGAACACGGCGAACUGCCCGGCUCUGCUCAACAAACCAAAGGUCAUCCUGAUUCAGGCCUGCAGAGGAGGUAAAGCCGGGGGGACGUGGGUGUCUGACAGUCAUUCAGACGAGGAGCCGGAUCUGGAGGGCGAUGCUUCCUAUGAGCACAACGAGAAGGACUUCAUCUCCCUGCUGUCCUGCACUCCUGAGACGAAAGCGUACAGGGAUCCGGUGAAUGGAGCUCUGUUUAUCGGAUUCCUGGUGCAGGUGUUCAACGCUAAAGCACACGAGGACCAUGUGGAGGAACUGUUCCGACAGAUUAUGAGGCAUUUUGAGCAGUUUGGAUGCGGGCAGGUAAAGCAGAUGGUGUGUAAGGACAGAGGCUCCAUGCCGAAGCUCUUCUACCUCUUCCCCGGACUUUGAAUAAUCUGGGCUUUUGGAUUUUUGGCAUUUUUAAAUUUUUGGCACUUUUAAAUAAAGGACUUUUUUUUAUCAGGGAAACUAAACCAGCAGAGAUCCCGUCUACUAAGGUCGGCCAGUAAUCAGCCAAGAAUACAGCAAUAAUAAUAGCCAGUAUCGUUAUAACCAAAGGUGUAAAAAGUAUCUCCAUUCAUUACUAUGUAGGUAUAAGUACAGAUACUAGGGUUUAAUAAAAUGCUUCUGUAGAAGUGCUUAAAAAAGUACUGAUUUCAAAACUACUUAAAGAAUAAGAAAAGCACUACCCUCCUCUGCCCAAAACACAUUUUGUUCUAAAAGACAAUAUAACAUAAUGAAUAUAAUGUAAAAAUAUUAAAAUGUUAAUGUUGAUAAUAUAAUUUGGGAUGAACUAGGCUGUUCCCUGUUUCAGCUGCAUAUAUGCCCCAUUGAAAAUGAAUGUAUUUUAGUAGAAUGUAAAGUAGGGGUGUAACGUUAUGUUUAUUCUUUACAAACCAUUACGGUACGGGGGUCAGGAUUCGGGGGUCACUAUUUGGUUCGUGCAAACGCAUGCAGAAUACACAGUACAGCCUAUACGAGACUUGUCGAACUAAUGAACGUAAUGCAGAACUAAUUUUCACGCGUGUGUUGCACCCAGCAUUGCGCUGAAAUUGUGCCCUGCCAUAGCUUUCCAGUGAGAACGCAGGGUUAGGCACUCGUACUCUCUCUCUCCAGUAAUAUGCUUAGGAAACAAUAUGUGAAUUUUAACCAUAAGUUAAAGCAAUGCUGUUGUUUUUGUUCUUUUUAAAGUGCCACAAACACAAUUAGUUGUUUGUUCCAACAAGAUCUAAAAGAUGGAACCUCUCAUGAUGACAGUAGGAAAGUAGAAACAUGCUGGUUUCAAGUAUUUAAUAAAAGAGCUCGAGCCCCGUUACAACAUUCCAUCCUAACUAAACAUGAUUAUAAUGAAGAUUCAUUCUUAUUAUGAAGAUAAAAAAGAGGAGGCUAUACAGAAUAACCAGCCUCUUUAUUUUUUCCACCAACUGAAAACGUAACGAAAACUUACCGAAAGCGUACUAAAAACUUACCGAAAAGGUACCGAAAACUUAACGAAAGAAGGCGAGCUGAAAUGAAAUAGGAGUAACAAGGCUUUUCUUAAAAUGUAAGGAGUAAAAGGUUCAGAUAAUUGUGUGAAAAUGUAAAAAAAUUACUCCAGUAAAGUAAAGAAAACCAACAUUUCUACUUAAGUAAAGUAGCAAAUUAUUUAUUCACACCUUUGUCUCUGUGUAUCAAUUGUGUGUGUGUAUAAAAUAUAUAUAUAUAUAUAUAUAUAUAUAUAUAUAUAUAUAUAUAUAUAUAUGUUUUUAUAUUGGGUGUCAUAAACAAAUUACUUAUCUAUCAAAAUCCAGCAGAAUCGCCUGAGGGAAAAGGUAAAAUAUACGGCUAAAUAUAGAGCAUCAGCUCUAGCCUGGGACACGAACAGUGAGACAUGUUUUGCUUAGAUUCACCAUUAAAACACCAGUAAAGGAUUAAGGGAUGGUCAAACCAACAGUGCUCACCAUAUUUUCAUUAUCAUUUCAGUGUCAUUGUUUCAUUCUCAGGGCUAUUGCAUCAUUUUUUAAAUCAUUGUAUCAUUGUCUUUAUUAUACUCAUUGUGUUAUUUUCAUUAUCAUUAAAAAUAUAUAAUUUUCAUUA